AUGGAUGGGACCAAUGACAGCACCCAGGGAAAUUUCAUCCUUUUGGGGUUUUCUGACCAUCCCCAUCUCGAGAGGAUCCUCUUUGUGGUCAUCUUGAUUGCAUACCUCCUGACCCUUGUGGGCAACACCACCAUCAUCCUGGUGUCCCGGCUGGACCCCCACCUCCACACGCCUAUGUACUUCUUCCUCACCCACCUAUCUUUCCUGGACCUCAGUUUCACCACCAGCUCCAUUCCUCAGCUGCUCUAUAACCUGAAUGGCCGUGACAAGACCAUCAGUUACACAGGCUGUGCCAUCCAGCUCUUCCUGUUUCUGGGUCUGGGUGGUGUGGAGUGCUUGCUCCUGGCUGUCAUGGCAUAUGACCGGUUUGUUGCGGUCUGCAAGCCCCUGCACUACCUGGUGAUCAUGAAUCCACGUCUCUGCAUGGGCUUAGUGUUGGUGGCCUGGGGCUGUGGUGUGGCUAACUCCUUGGUCAUGUCCCCAGUCACCCUGCAGUUACCCCGCGUGGGCUGUGGGCGCCACAGUGUGGACCACUUCCUGUGUGAGAUGCCUGCCCUGAUUCGGAUGGCCUGUGUCAAUACAGCUGCCAUUGAAGGCACUGUCUUUGUCCUGGCAGUGGGCAUUGUGCUGUCACCUCUAGUGUUUAUCCUGGUGUCCUACGGCUACAUUGUAAGGGCUGUGUUACAGAUUCAGCCAGUGUCAGGGAGACAAAGGGCGUUUAACACCUGUGGCUCCCAUCUCACAGUGGUCUCCCUUUUCUAUGGAAACAUCAUUUACAUGUACAUGCAACCUGGAAACAGCUCUUCCCAGGACCAGAGCAAAUUCCUCACACUCUUCUACAACAUUGUCACACCACUCCUGAACCCCCUGAUUUACACCCUCUGAAACAAAGAGGUGAAGGGGGCACUGAGGAGAAUGCUGCUGGAUAACAGAGGGGUAGGAAAGGAUUAAGUGAGAAUGAAAGACCAACAUCUCCAUCUG